CCACGUAUUAGCGAUGAACACCGAUAUAGUUCCGCCGCCGCCACCGCCACCUUCGGAGCCGUUUCAGAGACCCCUGCCACCUCCUCCACCCCCCCCAAGGUCAGACGUCGUCCCACCUCCGCCUCCUCCAGAGAUUCCUCCUCCGCCGCCACCAGUCGAGGCUGUUCCCCCACCGCCAGAUGAAUCGCUUGGCCCCGAGCGCGUCCAGCCAAAAAAUAAGAAAGUACUAGCAUCUUCAGCCUCGAAGAAGCAGCCUCUAAGCAUUGAGGAUCUGUUGAAAGAGAAGAGAGCGAAAGACGAGGCCGCUGCCAAGCCCAAGUUCCUGACGAAAGCGCAACGUGAGAAACUCGCGCUCGAAAAACGACAGAAAGAGGUCGAGGCGAAGAGGAAGGCAGAGGCCCAGAAGGCAGGACUGAAUGGUAGCACAAAUAGCACUGGCCAAGAUGGAGCUUCCUCCGCCAACGGGCACAGCUCUAGGUCAAACUAUGGCUCACCAGCGAUUCCCACAGGUCCACGUGCCAUGCGAAACGGGGAGGUUCCUACCGGCCCUGCAUCGAUGCGGAACAAGAAUGUAGAGAUGCCUCCACCCCCUGUCCCGAAAUCCGGAGAAAAGGGGUCACUGAAACGAACGGCGCCGGAAGAUACAGAGGCCGCGCUGAUCCGGCAGCGAUACAUGGGCGCAGAGCAGAACCAGUCAACUUUCUCAGCGAAGAAGAAGCGGAGGCGAACUACGGAGAAGAAGUUCAACUUCGAGUGGAACAACGAAGAGGACACCAGCCUGGAUUACAAUCCCAUCUACACCCAACGCGCCGAGGCCAACUUCUUCGGACGUGGCAGGCUGGGUGGCUUUGCCGAGGACAUUGCCGACGCGAGCACUCGUAAAUAUAUUGAUGAGCUAUCUAAGCGCGACCCUGAGGCUGGGAGGCAGCGAGCAGAGGCAAUCCUGGAAAUGGAGCGGAGGAGGAAGGAGGAGGGCAGUCGGGCAGCUCUCGACAAACAUUGGAGCGAGAAGAGGCUGGAUCGUAUGCAGCAGCGAGACUGGCGCAUCUUCAAGGAAGAUUUCAAUAUCAGCACUAAGGGCGGGUCGAUACCCAACCCAAUGCGCGGUUGGGAUGAAUCAGGUCUGCCGGAUAAGCUCCUCGAGAUCAUCGACCAAGUUGGCUAUACCGAGCCGUCAGCCGUUCAGCGUGCUGCUAUUCCUAUCGCUCUUCAAUCGCGCGACCUCAUCGGUGUUGCUGUCACGGGUUCUGGUAAAACAGCAGCUUUCCUCUUACCUCUUCUGGUCUACAUCCAAAAGCUUCCCCCACUUGAUGCUAGUAAUAGGAAUGACGGGCCCUACGCCCUUAUUCUUGCCCCAACCCGAGAAUUGGCACAGCAAAUCGAAACCGAAGCAAAAAAGUUCGCUACCCCACUAGGAUUCAAGACAGCAGUCCUCGUCGGCGGUCACUCGAUAGAGGAACAGUCGUUCAGCCUGCGAGAUGGUGCCGAGCUCAUCAUUGCUACAGUCGGUCGUCUUGUCGAUUGUAUCGAGCGUCGAGUCUUGGUACUCAGUCAGUGCUGCUAUAUAGUCAUGGACGAAGCAGACCGCAUGAUCGAUCUUGGCUUCGAAGAAGGUCUCAACAAAAUUCUCGACGCCCUCCCUGUCACCAACGAAAAGCCUGAUACCGACGCCGCAGAAGAUGCCGUCGCAAUGUCCCGCGGGAUGUACAGACAAACAAUGAUGUACACAGCUACAAUGCCCACAGCUGUCGAGCGCAUCGCGCAGAAAUACCUCCGUCGCCCAGCCAUCGUAACGAUCGGUAAUGCAGGUGAAGCCGUCGAAACAGUCGAACAGCGCGUCGAACACGUCCAAGGCGAAGACAAGCGCAAGAAACGCCUCCAAGAGAUCCUUUCUUCCGGGGAAUUCCAACCCCCGAUUAUCGUCUUCGUCAACAUCAAGCGCAACUGCGAUGCAGUGGCCCGUGACAUCAAACACAUGGGCUUCAACUCUGUCACUCUGCACGGUAGCAAGACUCAGGAACAGCGUGAGGCUGCGCUAGCGAGUUUGAGGAAUGGAAGCAGUGAUGUACUAGUUGCAACGGAUCUUGCGGGUCGUGGUAUCGAUGUCACGGACGUCUCACUCGUUGUUAAUUUCAAUAUGGCAACGUCUAUUGAAUCAUACACGCAUCGUAUCGGUCGUACAGGUCGUGCUGGAAAGAGCGGCGUGGCGAUCACAUUUUGGGGUAAUGAGGACGCAGAUGUUUUGUACGAUCUCAAACAAAUGCUCACCAAAAGUCAGAUCUCGAAGGUCCCGGAUGAUCUUCGUCGACACGAAGCCGCGCAGCAGAAAGGCGGGAGGAAGAAGGUUGAGGAUAGUACGGGGUUUGGGGGCAAAGGGGGUGCGUUUAAGUGAGUAUUUGAUAUGCAUAUACAUGCGCAGAUAUAUCAUAUUAGAUACGGCGGUCUGAAUGCCAUGCAAUGCGAUACUGGUAUAAACCAUCGCAACAUAAUUCAAUUAUUCGCUGUACUUGUAUUUACAUUUCAUCGAGGUAUGAACGUGUAGUCCGGAAGAUGACCUGGGCGUUGGUGGCUAGGGCAUUACGAGGAGUUAUGUUUAAGAUGUAUAUUAUCUAGUAGUAGUAGCAAUGGUCUCGUAUACAGUGACGUGGACCUUUGGAGCCG